CUGUUUCCGGUAGUUGGUUAAUUGAAGUCCGGUGACUUUUCUUCCAUAAAACGCGUCAGAACUGGAGGAGUAGUCUAUAAGGGAAGGGCGUGCAGGGGAAAAAUGUCAUGUUUGGGCGGAGUGUUCAUCGGUCAAGCGCAGGUCUAACCGACUACACAAAUCAAAGGAGCAGUUUCGUGUUUUCGUGAUCACAUCCGUAGCACUUCAGAAGUUUGACGCAGAAAAACUUCCCCAUUCUAUUACUGAGGUCAUUUCCUAAGAGACAAUCUCUACUAGGACAAGAAGUCAGGUGCAUUUACACAUCUUGCUGCAUCAUGUCUGCUCCAGGUUAUCCUUCCCCACAGCCUCCAUACCCCAUGACCCAAAUGGGUGGCUCUGUGCCCCCCUACCCAGUAGGGGGUUAUGGGGAGCUUGAUCCUGCUGCCCCACCUGCAGGAUUCUAUAUGGGCUACCAACCCAGCCCACAUCAGCCAGUCAUGAACCAGCCAGGCCCAGGUGGCCCACCACAGCAACCAAUCCAGAUGUCUGCAUAUGGAGGUGAUGCUCCGUAUUCCGGCCCUUCUGCACAAACACCAUCAGUGCCAGUAGGAGUACCACCAGGUCUGGAAUAUUUAACACAGAUUGACCAGGUCCUCAUUCACCAGAAAGUUGAGUUGUUGGAAGCAUUCAUCAGCUUUGAGACCAACAAUCAAUAUGAGAUUAAGAACAGCUUGGGCCAAAAGAUCUACAAGGCCAAAGAGAAGAACGACUGCUGCACACGGAACUGCUGUGGUGCACUGAGGAGCUUUGAUAUGAAGAUUAAAGACAACUCGGACCGCGAGGUCAUACGGCUAAUUCGCCCUUUUCGCUGUGCCUCCUGCUGGUGCCCCUGCUGCAUGCAAGAGCUUGAAGUACAGGCACCCCCUGGUACCACCAUCGGCUAUGUGACCCAAGACUGGCAUCCCUGUUACCCAAAAUUCUCCAUUAAGGGUGCCAACAAAGAGACUCUGAUGAAACUGGAGGGCCCCUGCUUAGCCUGCAACUGCUGUGGGGAUGUCAACUUUGAGCUGAAAGGCAAGGAUGGAGGAAAGUCUAUUGGUCGAAUCAGUAAGCAGUGGAGUGGAUUAUUAAAGGAGGCGUUCACUGAUGCAGACAACUUCGGCAUCCAGUUUCCCUUGGACAUGGAUGUGAAAAUGAAAGCUGUCCUGAUGGGAGCUUGCUUCCUUAUUGAUUUUAUAUUCUUCGAAAAAGUGGGAGACUCUAACCAACGCAACACAGUCUUCUCUUAGAGAAGUAGACAUUCUUCAAUGUGCCUUUUGUCUAAUCAUUUAUUCCUCUUAUCUUUUUAUGGCCCAAAUACUACAUGAGCUAGCUCUUAUCUGUUUGCUGUUGGUCAAACUCAUGAGCUUUACACCUCUGCAGGAGUUCUAGUGCUUUUGCUCAUAUUUAAAUAAAAUAAAAAUAAAAAAUUCACACCUGACGCACAGGAAAUAGGAUGUUUGUAUGCCAUGUGAAAGUGUUCAACCUAAACCGGUAAUUCACGUUUUUCCAUGUUUGUUCUCACGUGAUUGUGUGCCAUUUUCUUGAUGCACCUAAAGCCUUUUAUUUCAGAAUGUAUUGUAUGCAGAGGUGUGGACUGUAGCACUUUCUGCUCAUCCCAUUUAUACACAAUGUUAAUUUUUUCAUAGUUUGACUUGUAUAGACUUGUAUGAAUCAGGUUUUAAUGUCUUGUUCAAAAACCACUUUACCAUCAAAUACUGUCUUAUCUUACAAGAUCUUGUAUGCUUUACUAAUGACCUUAACAUUCUAUACCAUACCUCCUUCCUUAUGAAGAAUGGCAAAGUUGUAUUUAACUGCAAAAUAUAUAAUUUAUAUGCAUAUGUUAGACAAAUGGUAUAAUCUCAUCUAGAAAUUGUAUACUUAUGUCCUUAACUCUUAACAGCCUGUCUGUGGGUCCAGAUGUAUACUGCUUUACUUUCAUAACUGCAUACUUUUCUUAGUACUUAGGACUAACUUUAUAGUUACUUAUAAAUAGCUUUAGUAACUUACUAAAUAUGGUUCAUGAAUAAUAACCUGGGAGGUAAGGUUUAAUCAUUAGCUCACAAUGUUUGGAUAAUGUAGCAGUGGGGGGGUGAGAGUCUCACUUAGACUGAGUAGUAAGUGGGAAGACUCUACUUUGGAAGUCUUUUCUUUUCAUUCAUUUUCUGUAUUCAUUAUGGUGGAUGAUGACAUACUUAAAGAAUCCAGGGGUGGGUGGGUGUGUGUGUGUGUGUGUGGAGUCCAUAGCAACAACUUUUACAUCAAAUGUAUUUUUUCUCAAUAUAAUGGGAAAAAGAAGUAGACCUGUUUUCUUUCACUUUGCCAGACUUGUGUAGCUUCCUAAUGUGGACUGGCAGGAAUAUAAAGUUUGUUCUUUGCUUUGGAUAAAAGAGUCUGCUAAGUGAAUAAAUGUAACGUUCUUGUGGCUUAAUAGAAUAUAAACUGAUGACAAAUGUACUACAGCAAGUACCUUAAUGUUUUUAGCAUGUAAGCAUAAAUGAGUCAUGUUAGACACACACUAUUAGAGACUUAUUUUAAAUGGUGGUUUAAUUUGCUUCUAAUAGACUCUUUACACAACUAAUUUAUGCAAAUAACCUUGUUAUACUGAACUGUCCCAAUUUUUUUUUUAUUUCAACAAAAGCCAAAGUAUAGCCAUGUUUAAUAUUUUAGUUAAAUGAAAGAAAAUGUGGCCUUUCAGACAAUUUCAUAGAGAUUAAGUAUGAUGGUACUGGUAUGUUCCUCAAGAAGGCUUACAUCUACCUGUAUGGAAACCUACAUUGCUCAUUAUGCUAUAUACACUAAUGUGUGUACAUUUAUCUGUAAUGAACUGUAGUGUCUUAAAAUAACAUUAAAAAUGAAAAGGCUUUACUCACCUGUGA